AUUUCAGUAAAAGUUUUUUCAUUAAUUUUGUAUGUUUUUUGUGUGUGAUUUAGUUGACAGCAAAAGCGAGCAAUUGUUCCCAUGGAUUGAACGACAAAUUUUUAAUGAGACCGCUGUCCGAAGGCGACGAUAAAAUGCGUGAAAUUGAAAGGUUGAACGCAAUACCACUUGUGAUAAAACAUUUCUACUAUAAACGGGGCAUCAAAUACGCGGGCAAUAAUAGCUAUUACUGUCGGUUUUGCCAAAAAAUGAUCGCUUCAUUCGAUGCCAUCGAUGAGCACAUGAAGAGUGAAUCUCACGCUCGCAUCGAAGAGAAACCCACAAAAUUCAACGAUAUUUUGUUUCAAACAAAUCAGCCGAUCAUUGGAUUAAAAUAUAUUACAGAGUAUUUGUGUCAAAACUCAAGACAAGCGCUCUAUGAGUGCACUCUUUGCGACUAUACCACCGAUUUUUCUCAAAUGUAUAUCCAUUUGAGCGGUUUUACUCAUCAAUACAGAGCACUGAAAAAAAUCGCUCCAAAUAACGAUAUUUUCGAAACGAUUUGCGAGAAAGAGGUUUCAUUAAAUUCAUCCGAAAUGUUGAAAAAACAGAUCAUAAGAAUCGAGAAGAGAAUCGGUUGCGGUUUCGUUAAGAGAAGCUAUGAUUUCGAUGAGAAAAUGGCCGCAAAAUUAACUCAAAUUCAAACAGAGUUUGAAACGAGACGUCAGGCGAAGAUUAGAGAACUAAGAGGUGAUGAUAAUCACACGGACGACACGGCGAGUGGUUUAUCGGCCGAACAAUUGUUAUCACAAUUGAAUGAAACAUUUUCUGUCCGUUUGUCAAACGACGAAGAGUUAGAUAUUCUUAUAUCAAUCAUCACUUCAUUAAAAGACAGUUUAUUCGCUUAUUAUGGGAAACCAUCGCAACCGCCAAACACCACAUACUCCCCGACGGAUAGCUGA